AGCAGAUAUGUGCGGCAGAGGACUGCUAUCACGCCGCAUGUCCAUGCCGCAACGUAAUGCAUUGCACGCCAUUAGCAGCUCGCGCCCGCAGACGUCUGGCCUUUUCAAUCGCAGCCAAUCAGUGACGAGAGAUCUUAAACCGAUAGCGAUCUUCGAGCGUCGGGUCGCAAGUACGUAAAAUGCGUGGUCUGGGUCUGCUUCUCCUGGCUGCGCUUGCGACAGCGUUCACAGUCGAAGAAGCCAUCGAGCUACUCAAUGGCCGUGGCGCAGCUGCAUUGUCGUACGCUUCGGCGAACGUCGACGACCUCCUACCACUCGUGCCAUCGUGCAACAACAAGUGCGUCGCAUGCGGCGUCACGACCAACCUCUCGACGGCGUCGACAUGCGCGCCAUUAACGUCAGCUUCCACGUGCGCGCCGCAGUAUGCCUGCUGCGAUCCAUCAACCUGUCGGGCCAAGUCGCAAGCCAUGUGCGACUACAACACGGACGCGUUCACGUCCAUGCUCAACCAAGAACCCGACGCGUUCAAAUCGGCGCUCAAUUACGUCGCAUGGGCCAACUAUUCGUUUAGCAUGCGGCCGACAACGCUGGCGAACCUCAACGCGACGCGAUCGACGUCGGACAACUCGGCCCUGUGCACGAGCUACUGCAAUGGCUGGACAGGCAUUCAAACAUGCCCGUCCAUGUGCCAAUGUACUCUACAACCGACGGCGGCGCUUGUCGUAGGUCCCAAGUUUCCUUGUGUGGCUGACAAAUCGACCGCUGCUACCGGCUAUGCGGCAACCACGGCGACGUCGUUCAAUGGUAAGGCGGUGUGUCCUGUCGGGUUUGCCUGCGCAUCGGCGUCGUUCGGCUGCGUCUCGUACAGCGCCUACCGCGCGUCGACGACCGCUGCGCCAACGGCAACGACGUCCUCCACCAGCAGCAGUGUCAACGUCGGCGUCGCUGUCGGCUGCAGCAUUGGCGCUGCUGUCGGCGCCGUGGCCAUCGGUCUCUUCUGCUACAAGAAGCGGCUUUCGUCGACGAGCCCGAGUGACGACGAUCACUACCAUUCGCUUGCGACGUAGUUGUACCUCAUGAGUCGGUGUUUAUGAAGCCGCAACGCGAUCAACCAUUGGUGAUGAGUGCACUUGUCAUGACCAGCAGAACGUGGUCGCAUUUGGCGCCAUGGCGGUUCACUUUCUGAUUGGUGCCAAUCUCCAAAUUAUAGCCAAUUAAACGCCUCCCUUUACUAUUAAAUCCAUGCGGCUGUAAUACAA